UUGCGAUCACAUAAACACACAUCCAAUCAACAGUUGAUAACAUUUCUUCUUCACUGAAGGAUCAACGAAACAAAAAGCAAAAGAAUUUUUAUUUCAAUCUCUUUUCCUUUCAUCACCACUACAUAUAUUCACAACCAUGUCAGCCAAAGCCGUUGGUAUUGAUUUGGGUACAACCUACUCUUGUGUUGCCGUUUGGCAAAAUGACCGUGUUGAAGUCAUUGCCAACGAUCAAGGUAACCGCACAACACCAUCAUAUGUUGCAUUCACAGACACUGAACGUUUGAUCGGUGACGCAGCAAAGAAUCAAGUCGCAAUGAACCCUCACAACACAGUCUUUGACGCAAAGCGUUUGAUCGGACGCAAGUUUGACGAUGCUGAAGUUCAAUCAGAUAUGAAGCACUGGCCAUUCAAGGUUAUCUCCAAGGAUGGAAAGCCAAUCAUUCAAGUCGAAUACAAGGGUGAAGUUAAGACUUUCACACCCGAAGAAAUCUCUUCAAUGGUCUUGCUCAAGAUGCGCGAGACUGCUGAAGCUUACUUAGGUGGAAACGUCAAGGAUGCCGUUGUUACCGUCCCAGCAUACUUCAACGACUCCCAACGUCAAGCAACCAAGGAUGCCGGUGUUAUCUCUGGUUUGAACGUUAUGCGUAUCAUCAACGAGCCAACUGCCGCUGCAAUUGCUUACGGUUUGGACAAGAAGGGUGAAUCCGGAGAGAAGAACGUCCUCAUUUUCGAUUUGGGAGGUGGUACUUUCGAUGUCUCUCUUUUGACCAUCGAAGAAGGUAUUUUCGAAGUCAAGGCCACUGCCGGUGACACUCACUUGGGUGGUGAAGACUUUGACAACCGUCUCGUCAACCACUUCGUUCAAGAGUUCAAGCGUAAAUCCAAGAAGGACUUGACAUCCAACGCUCGUGCUCUCCGUCGUUUGCGCACAGCAUGUGAACGUGCUAAGCGUACUCUUUCAUCUGCUGCUCAAACCUCGAUUGAAAUUGAUUCCUUGUUCGAAGGUAUUGACUUCUACACAUCCAUCACCCGUGCUCGUUUCGAAGAAUUGUGCGGUGACUUGUUCUCCCACACAAUCGAGCCAGUCGAGAAGGUCUUGCGUGACUCCAAGAUCGACAAGGGAUCCGUCCAUGAAAUCGUUUUGGUCGGUGGUUCCACUCGUAUCCCCCGUGUUCAAAAGUUGUUGCGUGACUUCUUCAACGGCCGUGAGCCAAACAAGUCCAUCAACCCUGAUGAGGCUGUUGCUUACGGUGCUGCUGUCCAAGCCGCCAUUCUUUCCGGUGACACUUCUGAAAAGACUCAAGAUCUUUUGUUGUUGGACGUUGCCCCAUUGUCUAUGGGUAUCGAAACCGCUGGUGGUGUUUUCACUCCUCUCAUCAAGCGUAACACAACUGUUCCAACCAAGAAGUCUGAAAUCUUCUCAACAUACGCUGAUAACCAACCUGGUGUGUUGAUUCAAGUCUUCGAAGGUGAACGUGCACGCACCAAGGACAACAACUUGUUGGGUAAAUUCGAAUUGUCUGGUAUCCCACCAGCGCCCCGUGGUGUUCCUCAAAUCGAAGUCACAUUCGACUUGGAUGCCAACUCAAUCUUGUCAGUCAACGCUGCCGAUAAGACUUCCGGUAAAUCCGAAAAGAUCACCAUCACAAACGACAAGGGACGUCUAUCCAAGGAGGAUAUCGAACGUAUGGUUUCCGAAGCCGAGAAGUACAAGGCUGAAGAUGAAGAAGCAACAGCCCGUAUCUCUGCCAAGAACGGAUUGGAAUCAUACGCAUACAACUUGCGUAAUAGCUUGAACGAAGAGCAAUUCGCAUCCAAGUUGGAGCCAGCAGACAAGGAGAAGUUGGACAAGGCCAUCUCCGAGACCAUCUCUUGGUUGGACGCUUCUCAAGAAGCAUCCAAGGAGGAAUACGAGGAGCACCAAAAGGAAUUGGAGAGCACUGCUGCUCCAAUCUUGCAAAAGGCAUACGGUGCUGCAGGAGGUGCACCAGGUGGUAUGCCAGGUGGCGCUCCAGGUGCAGCUCCUGGCGCUGGUGCAGGUGCUGAUGACGGACCAAGCGUUGAAGAAGUUGAUUAAAGAACUUCGACCAAGUCAUCAAAUAAUAAAAAUAGUAUCGAAUUUUCAUAGACUGUCACGCAUGAUCGCUACAAAUUCAGCUUUCUAUCUUGUAUAAUCAUUUCCUGUACGCGAUAAUAUCAUAGCGUUUUCUCGAUUCAGAUAAGUCGUAAGUUUGCGAGUGAGGCUCAAUUGAACAAAGAAAAACCAACCCUAAUUCGAACAAAAUACGUUAUCUAAUAAUCUUGCUUAAGUCUUACUGCAACGGAGCACACCCGCCGCCUUAGGGAGGACUUUGAU